AUGGCGCGCCUAUUAGCAGUCAUCCUAUCUUCGCUUGCUAUUGCUGCAGCUACUCCACUGACAUCCGACAUAUCCAAACAUCUCAGUGUGCGACAAUUACCUGAGUGUGCAGGUUAUGGGUCCGUCUGUCGACUUGACCUUACCAACCGGGUAAAUGGAACCCAAGGAGAAUUCUAUACGCAAGAUGGAGAUUUUUGCUCUUGUCCAGUUGGAAUAUGCAGUGCUGUCUUCGUUGAAGAUAAUAACCAGAGAUACGAUGUGAGCAUCCACACCUCAAUGCAAACGUUCUUAUGUCGCCUGAAUACACUAACAGCGAACCUCGUCCGUCAAAAGGUUUAUUUAGCCGUUGCUACUGGAGGAACUUCGGGAAUUUAUAUUUGUCGAGACUGA